UGGCGCGUGGCCUUUUCAUCUCGAUCUGGGUCUUGGAGCAUAUGAUGUUUUCUGUUGAACUGUAGUGCUGGAGAACCUCUAAUCCGGAAUGGAAGAGGUGAACGAUAAUGCACGGGUACGAUUGGAAAGGAAACCAGUGUAAGCAGGAGAAAGGAGGCAAGAGGAAAAUGAUAUUUACAUAAAAAUAUACUAUUGCACUUGAUCGAUGAGCCUCAAGGAAUAUGUUAACUACCUAACCUACAUGCUACCAGAAAUACCCGGUUAGCUGUCUCGGGGUAGCGGCAAUAUCGAUGUACGGCAAGGAGGUCCAAGUUCCGGGACGAGCCGAUGUGACCUCACCGCAACCGCGUAUAUGAUCAUAUAUUAGUUCUCCGUCGUCUCCACGAGCCCUCGAAAUAACCUACGCCCUCGAUUCUACAACCGAUUUCACCUGCGUCUAUUCACAAAGGUCUGUUGCCCAGCAUGCCCUCCCCCAAGCGCGCCGUCAUCCUUGGUGCAGUGGCCCUCCCGUGGUUAGGAGCGGCUAUCCCAGCAGCAGCCGAAUGCGCGCCAGUCCCGUCGGCGGGCAAGUACCCCACGUGGGAAAAGCUACCGAAGCAGACGACGCUUCCGGACCCCUGGCUACCGCUAGCCUACACGACGACCGACAGCGAGGGCGGCAGCGACCCAUCUUUCGCGUCCGACGUGAUCGCGGGUAAGGGCAAGAACCGGAUCCAGACGCCCGAGGAAUGGUACCAAUGCCGCCAGCCUGAGCUCCUUCAGAUGUUGCAGGAGUACCAGUACGGCUACUACCCCGACCACUCGCAAGAAACAGUCAAAGCCACACGCAGCGGCAACACGGUAAACAUCGAAGUAACAGCCGGCGGCAAGACCGGCAAGUUCAGCGCCACGGUAUCGCUGCCCUCGACGAAGCCCGCACCCGUCGUCAUCAACAUCGGCGGCAUGACCGACCAGCCAUACCUACAAGCCGGCAUCGCCGUCGUCGGCUUCGACUACACGCGCGUCGCCGCCGACAGCAACUCCAAGAUAGGCGCGUUCUGGGACAUCUACAACGGCCGGGACAUCGGCGUCCUCACAGCAUGGGCAUGGGGCUUCCACCGCGUGCUCGACGCGCUCAACGCCACCGUCCCCGAGAUCGACAGCGCCCGCGUCGGCGUAACCGGGUGUUCGCGCCUCGGCAAAGCGGCUCUCGCAGCCGGCCUGCUCGACAAGCGCAUCACGCUGACGAUGCCCAUGAGCAGCGGCGUGCAGGGGCUGGGUCCGUACCGGUACCACGGGCUGAGCGGCCAGGACGAGACGCUUGAGAACAGCAAGAGCGGCGCCGGCUGGUGGACCGACAACACCCUGGGCACCUUUGUUAACCAUGCGGAGAAUUUGCCGUACGACGCGCAUACCAUUGCUGCUGCGAUUGCGCCGCGUGCUCUUGUCAUUGACCAGGGCACUGGCGACCAGUUUACUAACUCGAAGGGCACUUCGGUUGUCGUGUACCCUGCUGCGAAGCUUGUAUACGACUGGUUGGGUGUUCCGGACCAGAUUGCCAUGUCUGUCCGCGGUGGCGGCCACUGCGAUAUGAGCGGAUUCAACAGCGUCCUCCCCUUCGUGACCAAGGUCCUCCAGAACCAGACCAUCACCAAGGACUACAAUGACCUCGGUAGCUACGGCUCCCCAAUGUCGACGACCUACCCCUGGGCAACGGCGGUACCUAAAGCAGCCUAAAUUGGUUGAGAUCAGUGGAAUAUAUCUCGGGACUCAUGUAUAUAAAAAAGACCAGACCGGGGAAAGGCAAUUUCUUGAUAUUAGCUGAGACCAAAAUUUUUC